AUUUCUCUCUCUCUUGUUUCCCAGCAACAAUGAGAACUGUGUAUUUUUUUGUGGCUGCUCUCUUUAUUCCAUGGGGUAUAUCUCUGGCAAAAUUUGAUGAAUUUGAUGAUGGAGAUGACAUUGUGGAAUAUGAUGAUAACGACUUUGCGGAAUUCGAAGAUGUGAUUGAAGAUCCUGCCACUGAAUCUCCCCAGCGAAUUGUCACAACAGAGGAUGACGAGGAAGAGGCCACGGUUGAGCUCGAAGGACAAGAUGAAGGUCUUGACUUUGAAGAUGGUGAUGCCCAGGAAGGUGAUGCAGAAAGUGAACCUUAUGACGAUGAAGAAUUUGAAGGUUAUGAAGAGAAACCUGAUGCAAUUCCAGGCAAAAAUAAAGAUCCCAUAACCAUUGUUGAUGUGCCUGCCCACCUCCAAAAUAGUUGGGAGAGUUACUACAUGGAAAUCUUAAUGGUGACGGGCCUACUUGCUUACAUCAUGAACUACAUAAUUGGGAAGAAUAAAAAUAACCGUCUGGCUCAGGCCUGGUUCAGUAGUCAUCGGGAGCUUCUUGAAAGUAACUUUGCUCUUGUUGGGGAUGAUGGCACCAAUAAAGAAGCCACGAGUACGGGCAAGCUGAACCAAGAGAAUGAACAUAUUUAUAAUCUCUGGUGCUCUGGAAGAGUCUGCUGUGAGGGUAUGCUUAUCCAGCUCAAGUUUCUCAAAAGACAAGACUUGCUGAAUGUGCUUGCUCGUAUGAUGAGACCAGCUUGUGACCAAGUGCAAAUAAAAGUUACUAUGAACGAUGAUGACAUGGAUACCUACGUGUUUGCUGUUGGGACAAGAAAAGCCUUAGUGAGGCUUCAGAAGGAAAUGCAGGACCUGAGUGAAUUUUGCAGUGAUAAACCUAAGACUGGGAUGAAGUAUGGGCUCCCAGAGUCAUUGGCUAUCCUAUCAGAGAUGGGUGAGGUCACAGAGGGAAUGAUGGAUACGAAGAUGAUCCAUUUUCUUACACAUUAUGCCGACAAGAUUGAGUCCGUCCAUUUUUCAGACCAGUUCUCUGGUCCAAAACUAAUGCAAGAGGAAGGUCAACCUUUGAAACUACCUGAAACUAAAAAGACACUUUUAUUUACUUUUAAUGUACCUGGCUCAGGCAACACUUCCCCAAAAGACAUGGAAGCUCUGCUGCCUCUGAUGAACAUGGUGAUUUACUCCAUUGACAAAGCAAAAAAGUUCCGUCUGAAUAGAGAGGGCAAACAAAAAGCUGAUAAGAACAGGGCACGGGUAGAAGAGAAUUUUCUGAAACUGACGCAUGUGCAAAGGCAAGAGGCUGCUCAAUCCCGCAGGGAAGAAAAGAAACGGGCAGAAAAAGAGAGGAUAAUGAAUGAAGAAGAUCCAGAGAAGCAGCGACGUCUGGAGGAGGCUGCUUUGCGGCGUGAACAGAAGAAACUUGAGAAGAAGCAAAUGAAAAUGAAGCAAAUCAAAGUGAAAGCCAUGUGAAAACUGUUGCAAGAAAUCUCUUCCAUGGUGCCAACCACAGAAUUGCAAUUUGCUGCCUACCAUGAGUUAAUUAUAUCCCUGACUUUUAUCACUGCCCAUUAAGAACUACUUUUGACACUAACAAUUGUGGCUUGAGGGAUUAUAUUUGAAGCAUUUCUCUGCAUGUAUACAUGUAUUAAGAUUGUUAGGAUGCCAAGGAAUUCUAACUGGGUCCAUCAUAAAGGUGUUCUUGGAAAAAUUAAAGUGGUAAUCAGGUCUUAUAUAACUUCCUCACAUGCAUGUAUGCAUUGGGUUGCAUCAAAAAGUGAUCCUAUCAGUACCAAAGUUACACUUCAGUCAGCAACAAGAGAAUUUUUCUUUGCAUCAGUGUUGCCAGUAACUGAGAUGCAAUUCUGAAAAAAAAAAAAAAACCAACACUUCAGUCCCCUUUGGUUAGUGAGACUGUGAAAAACUAUUUUCAGGGCUGCAGCCACUGUUCUGAUUUAAUGAGACAUGCAGGUGCUUGUAUACGCUUUGCAGAUGUCUUCCAUGUUGCUGGAUUGGCUUCCCCUCUACUGUCUUUGGGAUCCUUUGACUUCUUAUUUCCUAUAUCUAUAACUUCCGAGACUGUGCCAGCAAUGCAUAAGCACUUUGAUCUAUUUUGGGGAUGUGGGAAUAUAAAUUUUUUUAUAGUGGCUAAUAUUUGAGGAAAAAACACCAUCAAACCUUCACAAUAGAAUUUUAAAAAAACCCUCCUUUGUGAUUGGUGCAAUCAGUGCACUUGGAUAUCAAGCAGUUAGUUGUAACAUAAAAUAGUAUGAUAUGAAUAUUAUAGGUUUUAAAACCAAAUGUAGUUGAUGCGGGAAAGGUUAGUUCUUUCACAGAACAAUUAGAAGGGUGAUAAAUCAGUAUUAUUUAAAGACUAGUGUAGUUUGGGACAAGCAGUUUGUAAAUCAAUCUGUAGGCUGCUAAUUGCAAAGGCUACAGUGAGUGUGCGUAUGCACAGGUGUUUGUGUUCAAUGUUUCCAGGAUCCAGCCCUACAAAUACAGUAUGGGGAUGAUGAUGUUGAUGUAUAAAUAGGUAAUUGGGAAAUGGCAGAUGAAAAGGCCUUCUGGUAUCUUUUAAAAAACAUGUUUUAAUACUGCUAGUUUAAAACAAUGUAAAACUUUCUAUUAAGUUGCCCUGAUACAGAAUUUUGGGUAAUCAGUAUGCAUGCAGGCUGCUGCAUGAAGAUCUCUGUGGGAUCAGACAUGUAGUUCCUCAUGCAUUGUCCCCUUGCAGAAACUCGCCUAUUAUCCCCCACACAACCGGCUUGUGUGUACCUGUUUUCUGCACACAAAUUUGCUAUACUUAUUUUCCCAUGUAGAAGGUAUUUACUGGUUGUGGCUAAAUGGGAUCUCUUUUCUACUUCAGACAUGUUUUAAGUGUUUUUAGCAGCUUUCUGUAGAGUUCAGUGUGUUCUUCUGAUGGUUUCAUCUCUUUCUAGUGUUUCUUUUUAUGUUUCCUUUUAUGUUUCUGUGGAUGCUGACUAUAUAACCAUUGACAAUGAACUAGGUUCUUAAUAACUACAAUUAUAUCCCAGCAAGAUAGAACACUUUUUAGAGGGGUGUUAUCUUUUUGUACCUGUUUUAGGUUAUUUACAAAAGGGUUGUCAUUUGCUAGGAAGACUAGGAACUGGAGAUAUGCCCGCUUUGCAGUCUUGUGGAAUUGCUGCAUUUUAUAAAUGCUCAUCUGGAUGGCAUCUGAUCAUUGUGUGUAAUGGGCACUUUCUGCAGUGGGUUUAAUGGGAAGAAAUAUGAGGGUUAAAUUUGUUUCUUAAUGUAUUUUCUUGAUGAUGCUUUUAUCUGCAGAUAUCUCUGAUGCAAUAAAAUUAAGCUGCUCUUUAAAUCAGCAUGUGCUAAAAUCUAUUUGUCAGAGCAUGAAAAUGCACAGGUUCUAUCUGAAUGCAAAAACCUGCAGCCUGAAAUGGUAUUUGAAUUUAGUAAUUUUUAUAUAACUAUCAUUUAUGGUACUUUACAGCAGAAAAUGGCAAUCCUAUGUGGGAUUCAAAACUAUUUUGUCACUAGAUGUAGAAAGUAAAAUUGAAUAAAGUAUUGUUUCACAAA